UUUUACAUUAUGCCUACUGUGGUGUAUAACAUGUCUAGGCCUAUUUUUCGUCAUCUUUGAUCUUCCAUUUCCAUUUGAACAGCUGGACAAAAUAAACAAUGACGGUAAUUAAAAACGUGGGAUAUUUUAUUGUUUGUUCUAACCUGUUCGUUCAUAUGCCUUGACACAGCCGUGACAAGACGACAGUGGCAGAAUAAAUUCAACCACACCUUUUUGUGUAAUCAUAAAGCCGGAGUGCAACGUCUUUCCGGUGAAGUUAACAAAAUAUGUUCCAUGUAACUAACAGUUACAUGACCUACAGAAUGGUCAAGCAAGUGAAUGUUUCGGACGCUUUCAGACGACUCAACAACUAUUGAAUUAUUGUUAACACAAAGAAAACAGGCGCUGCCUCCACUAUUCAAGCACCAUUUCAACAUCAUCUAAUCAUUCAAUCAAAUGUAUUUAUAAAGCCCUUUUUACAUCAGCCGAUGUCACAAAGUGCUGUACAGAAACCCAGCCUAAAACCCCAAACAUCAAGUAAUGUAGAUGCACGGUGGCUAGAAAAACACUCUCUAGAAAGGCAGGAACCUAGGUAGAACCCUAGAGAGGAACCAGGCUAUGAGGGGUGGCCUGUCCUCUUCUGGCUGUGCUAGGUGGAGAUUAUAACAGUACAUGGCCGAGAUGUUCAAAUGUUUUCUAGAUGACCAGCAGGGUAAAAUAGUAAUAAUCGGGUGCAACAGGUCAAGCACCUCGGGAGUAAAUGAGAGAGAGACCUGAGGCAUGGUGUUAGGGCAGAGGUCAUAGGGCAGAGGUCAUAGGGCAGAGGUCUUAGGGCAGAGAGAAAUUACAUUCACACUGGAUAAGAAAGAAGACAUAAGACAGAAGAAAUACUCCAUCAAAAUAAAAUACUCCAGCAUAAAUAUUGGAGUCUGAGAUAGGAGGGGUCGGGAGACACUGUGACCCCAUCCGACGAUACCCCCAGACAUGGCCAAACAGGCAGGAUUUAACCCCACCCACUUUACCAAAGCACAGCCCCCACACCACUAGAUGGCUAUCUUCCGCCACCAUCCUACUACUCUGAGACAAGGCCUUGUAUAGCCCACGAAGAUCUCCCCCACAGCACGAACCGGAGGGGGGCGCCAACCCGGACAGGAAGAUCACAUCAGUGACUCAACCCACUCAAGUGACGCACCCCUCCUAGCGAAGGCAUGGAAGAACACCAGUAACCCAGUGACUCAGCCCCUGUGAUAGGGUUAGAGGCAGAGAAUCCCAGUGGAAAGGGGAACUGGCCAGGCAGAGACGGCAAGGGCGAUUCGUUGCUCCAGCGCCUUUCUGUUCACCUUCACACCCCUGGGCCAGACUACACUCAAUCAUAUGACCCACUGAAGAGAUGAGUCUUCAAUAAAGACUUAAAGGUUGAGACCGAGUCUGUGUCUCUCACAUGGGUAGGCAGACCAUUCCAUAAAAAUGUAACUCUUUUGGAGAAAGCCCUGCCUCCAGCUGUUUGCUUAGAAAUUCUUGGGACACUAAGGAGGCCUGCGUCUUGUGACCGUACCGCACGUGUAGGUAUGUACGGCAGGACGAAUUCGGAAAGAUGGAUAGGAGCAAGCCCAUGUAAUACUUUGUAGGUUAGCAGUAAAACCUUGAAAUCAGCCCUUGCCUUAGCAGGAAGCCAGUGUAGGGGCUAGCACUGGAGUAAUAUGAUUACAUUUUUUGGUUCUAGUCAAGAUUCUAGCAGCCGUGUUUAGCACUACCUGAAGUUUAUUUAGUGCUUUAUCCGGGUAGCCGGAAAGUAGAGCAUUGCAGUAGUCUAAUCUCGAAGUGACAAAAGCAUGGAUACAUUUUUCUGCAUCAUUUUUAGACAGAAAGUUUCAGAUUUUGUGCAAUGUUACGUAGAUGGAAAAAAGCUGUCCUUGAAACAGUCUUGAUGUUUUUCCUAAUCACCUAUGCUUAGUCUACUACAGUGACAACUAAAAUAUACAUACAAUCAGGCACAUAACUUUCACUGCACUGGGGGCAGGGUGACAUGACCCCCCCACAUUCUGAAAUUGCUUUUUUGCCCCCCCCCUCCCCCUUCUUCCUGUGGUGUAGCUGCUGAGCCAGGCUAGUAACCAUCACCCUCUGUCUUCUUCCUGUGGUGUAGCUGUGGAGCCAGGCUAGUAACCAUCACCCUCUGUCUUCUCCCUGUGGUGUAUCUUCUGAGCCAGGCUAGUAACCAUCACCCUCUGUCUUCUCCCUGUGGUGUAUCUUCUGAGCCAGGCUAGUAACCUUGGACACAGUUCAAUGUCAAACAGAUGUUGCAGGAGCUUUGUGUGAUCUACUCGAUCAAAGGCUUUGGACAUAUCAGCAAGUAACACCCUCACCAUUGUUGGUAUGUUUGGAGUCUGUAGUUGUCAGCCAGGAGUGUGUGGCUUUCACAAGGGCGGUAGUAUUGCUGGACUUUGGGAGGUAGGCAUACUGAUUUGUGCACUCAGAUAACUCAAGCCAACAGUUUUAUCUUUUAAUGAAGUUCUGGAUUUUUCCAAGGCAUGACGUUAGAGAGAUGGGCCUCCAGUCACUCGUUGAACAUGGGUUUGACACUUUAGGUAUAGGACAUCCUGAUCACAUCGACAGUGUUGAUGAGAUAAUACACUGUGUUCUACCGAAGCGUUUUCUCAUUUGCCCAUGGUGGAUGAUAGUGUACUCCCACGAACAGAGUUGAAAUGAGCUGGGGAGUCGUUUAGGACGGAGCUGAAGCCACAUACACUCAAAUUCCUAUUUCUCCUGGUCAGUUAUUCUCUUUGCCUGCAUACUGUGGUUCACAUACAUAGCCACACCCCCUCCUCUCAUCCCCUCCUCUCUGGACCUGUCAUUUCUGAACAGCUGAUAGUUGUAUAUGAAAAGAGAUUCAUCUGGCAUAUUUUCGCGGGCCCAAGUUUAAGUGACGCAUCCAAAGCAGAUCAAAUUCAUCCACUUUGUUUAUCAAUGAUCUUGAAUUACAAACCAGCACAUUCGGGGUCCUUGGGGCAUCCUGGGAAGUAUUUGUGACGUCACAUAAUUCAGUUAGAAUUCUGCGUUCACGUGAGCGAUUGUGUUUUUGAUGUGUUUUAGGUCUGUUACCUUCUAUUGUCAGUAUUUUCCUCCGUCUGCCCUUACCAGCUGUAGUCCAUCUCACCCGGCUUCUUAAGCGCAUUAUCCCGAAGCACUAAAAUUUGUCUCGGAUAUGUGGUGCCAGUGGAGGUGCAUGUUUUUUGUAAAUCAGUAGAAAAUGUGAUGAUUAUUCCACAACGUUUGUACAAUUAAUCGUUGUCAAAGCCAUGCUUAAUCCGUUAAAAGAGCAAGGAACAGUAUGCAGUGUGACACAAAACAAUGAAAAAACAACACCAACAAACAUCUCAAACAUUGUAACACGUUACUCUCGAGCAGCUGCCUGGAAGCGCCACAGCAUUGAACUACAUUAACUACAUCCGUUCAAAACAAAAUAUGCCACACUGCUACCUUAGAAUGCAUGCAAUGCAAUGGACUUCUGCAACGCUAGCUAGCUAUUCCAUAGUCCAAGCUACGGUAAACGCUAGCUACUCCAUAGUCCAAGCUAUGGUAAACGCUAGCUACUCCAUAGUCCAAGCUACGGUAAACGCUAGCUACUCCAUAGUCCAAGCUACGGUAAACGCUAGCUACUCCAUAGUCCAAGCUACGGUAAACGCUAGCCAUAUUUCACUGUCAGACAGGACACAACUCAAACUAGCUGAGAAAACAAAACAAAUCAAAUCAGAUUGUAUUGGUCCAUACACAUACUUAGCAUAUCUUAUUGAGGGUGUAGCGAAUUGAUUGUUCCUAGUUCCAACAGUGCAGUAAUGUCUAACAAUAAAAUUAUGGAAUUCAGAAAUAUAUAAAUAUUAGUCCAGAUUAUAAAUACAGUACAUUCAUAAGUAUGUGGACACCCCUUCAAAUGAUUAGAUUUGGCUAUUUCAGCCACACCCGAUGCCAGGAAAAGCUACCUGCUCCAAUGCAUAGUGCCAACUGUAAAGUUUGGUGGAGGAGGAAUACUUGUCAGAGGAUGUUUUUCAUGGUUCGGGUCCCUUAGUUCCAGUGAAGGGAAUUCUUAACGCUACAGCAUGCAAUGACAUUUUAGACGAUUCUGUGCUUCCAACUUUGUGUUAAGUUUGGGGAAGGCCCUUUCCUGUUUCAGCAUGACAAUGCCCCGUGCACAAAGCCAGGUCCAUACAGAAAUAGUUUGUUGAGAUUGGUGUGGAAGAACUUGACUGGCCUGCACAGAGACUCCUGACCUCAACCCCAUCGAACACCUUUGGGAUGUAUUGGAACGCAGACCGCAAGCCAGGCCUAAUUGCCCAACAUCAGUGCUCAACCUCACUAAUGCACUUGGGGCUGAAUUGAAGCAAGUUCCCGCAGCAAUGUUCCAACAUCUAGUGGAAAGACUUCCCGGAAGUGGAGGCUGUAUAGCAGCAAAGGGGAGACCAACUCCAUAUUAAUGCUCAUGAUUUUGGAAUGAGAUGUUCAACGAGCACGUGUCCACAUACUUUUGGGAAUGUAGUGUAUGUGAUGGGAUUCUCGUGGAAAUUCAACACAGGGACACUCGAAUUCAAUCUUAAAUGAAUGAAGUUUUUUUUAUCAGCAUGCUGGAGAGGUCAAACUUAGAAGUAUAAAGUACCGUUCUGAAGGUAUCUCCCUCAGGGCAGUCCCAUUAGAUCUCUUAUAUUACUGGUUACAGACAGGUUACAUAGUCAUAGUUCAUAGGGUUGGUUCCGGCAUGUCUGGCACCGCCUCCUGUCUUAACUUAUAGAACAUAUUCUGGCCGUUCUGCCAGAUGGUCCUAAGGAGAGGGUCAUGCCAAAUCUGUGCUUAUCAACAGUGCCAAACUAACAACUCUGCCAUUAGACAGGCUUGAUUGUAUUUACAGCUCUGAUCUGGAUGGUGGACUAGCCCUGUGUUGGAUAUUUGUCAACGGCCAUUCCAAUGGAGUGGUGCUUGGGGUGGGGGAGGGGCUAAUGCCCCCCAAACCCUGAUUAUAUAAAUGUAUAGGAUACAUAACUCUACAACACUUUAGACUAGAAACAGGCUGUUAAAGGCACCAGAAAGACGUGGCUCUAUUGUUCAUGGGGAUAACUGUAUACAUUUACAUUCAUUUAAUUCAGGGUGGAAGGUAAAACCAAAUAAUUGAUGGAGUUGGCUCUAAAUACUACAUAAUAAUGAGCAGCAGUAGUUCAGGUGUUGAGGUUUUUCAUCUGGUUAUUAUGAUGAAUAACGAUUUUGCAGGUGUUGGUGUUCGCUGACUUUUUGGAGAGGGAAGGGUGGAGCUCUUCAUUCCAGCAUCUGUUAAGCUCUCAUCCUAACACGUAUGAACUCAGAACUAAAUUCGUGCGGCUGACCAAUUACGUGAGACAUUAGUUCUGGGUUAACCAAGAUUAACUCAGGGGUGAAAGAUGUGUUCAACUCCAAUGAAUACUCAAAGGUUCUGAACAUAAGACAGGAGGCAUUACAAGUGUUAUACGUUUUUACAUUAGUAAAAAAAUAUACCACUUCCAUUUGAGAAAUGUCCCAAAGUGAUUUGAAAACUGUACAUUUGUGGAAAGUAGUGAACGGUUACACACUUCAGGAGAAAGGAGGUAUUAUAAGGAUGCAGCCAUCAAUCAGAGAUUUAGACUAAUCAAAUGUUUGGUCUAAUGAUAUUCUAUGUACAAUACUUCCUGUGGUCACCAGGACAGAGCUAGUCCGUCCCCCUCCACCCUGCCGGAGUCCCCUGGUCACAACUCUCCUGGUAGCUCCUUACUGCUCGGUCUGAAGAGGGUUUCUGUGCUGCUGGUCGACUGCAGGAAAACACCAGGGCAGAGUGGAACUGUGAGAGAAGGACACAAGGAUGGAGAUUUGAUUUCAUCAAGGGACACCCCUAACCAUCGUUCUCUUAGUGGGAGGGGCUUAUCGUCUGGGGAGCCUCAACAACAUGUUGCUGAGGAGACAGAGAAGAGUCUCUCCAGAUCAGAGCAUCUCAAGAAACACCAGCAGGGACACACAGGGAAGAAACCUCACCACUGCUGCUCUGACUGUGGGAAGAGUUUCACAAGCCAGAGUGGCUUCAUUAUUCACUGUGAUCAGUGUGGGAAGAGUUUUGCUGCAUCUAACACCUUCAAAUCUAAUGUAAGAAUUCAUACAGGAGAGAAGCUUUAUAGCUGUGAUCAGUGUGGAAAGAGCUUCAAACAUUCAGGCAGCCUGACUACACACCAGCUAAUGCACACUGGAGAGAAGCCUUAUAAGUGUGAUCAGUGUGGAAAGAGCUUUGCUGCAGCUUCCGUCCUGAUUAUACACCAGCGUGUACACACAGGAGAGAAGCCUUAUAGCUGUGAUCAGUGUGGGAAGAGCUUCAAUCAUUCAGGCAAACUGACUACACACCAGCUAAAGCACACUGGAGUGAAGCCUUAUAGUUGUGAUCAGUGUGGAAAGAGCUUUGCUGUAGCUUCCGCCCUGAUUAUACACCAGCGUGUACACACAGGAGAGAAGCCUUAUAGCUGUGAUCAGUGUGGAAAGAGCUUUGCUGUAGCUUCCACCCUGAUUAUACACCAGCGUGUACACACAGGAGAGAAGCCUUAUAGCUGUGAUCAGUGUGGGAAGAGCUUUGCUGCAGCUUCCGCCCUGACUACACACCAGCGAACACACACAGGAGAGAAGCCUUAUAGCUGUGAUCAGUGUGGGAAGAGCUUUGCUGUAUCUUCCGCCCUGAUUGUACACCAGCGUGUACACACAGGAGAGAAGCCUUAUAGCUGUGAUCAGUGUGGGAAGAGCUUUGCUGUAUCAGGAAAUCUAACUAGACACCAGCUAACACACACAGGAGAGAGGCCUUAUAGCUGUGAUCAGUGUGGGAAGAGCUUUGCUGUAGCUUCCAACCUGAUUAGACACCAGGUAACACACACAGGAGAGAGAACUUAUGUCUGUCUAUGUGGGAAGAGCUUUUCUCGAGCUUCCUCCCUAACUAUACACCAGCGAACGCACACUGGAGAGAGGCCUUAUAGCUGUGAUCAGUGUGGAAAGAGCUUUGCUGUAUCAGAAAAACUAACUACACAUCAGCGAACACACACAUUAGAGAGGCCUUGCACACUGGUGAGAAAGAAGCCUUAUAUCUGUGAUCAAUGUGGGAAGCGUUUCAGUCAGUUAUGGACCCUUUAUUCACACCUGUAAGGGUUUUCCUGUGGUGAAGUAGAGGUGGACCAAAACGCAGCGUGGUUAUAUUGAUUCAUGUUUAAUAAAAACAGAUAAACAUGAACACUACAAAACAAUAAACGUGGAAAACCAAAAACAGCCCUAUAUGGUGCAAAACACAGAGACAGGAACAAUCACCCACAAACACACAGUGAAACCCAGGCUACCUAAGUAUGAUUCUCAAUCAGAGAUAACUAAUGACACCUGCCUCUGAUUGAGAACCAUACUAGGCCGAAACAUAGAAAUACCCCAAAACAUAGAAAAACAAACAUAGACUGCCCACCCAACUCACGCCCUGACAUUUAACAUUACAUUUAAGUCAUUUAGCAGACGCUCUUAUCCAGAGCGACUUACAAAUUGGUGCUUUCACCUUAUGACAUCCAGUGGAACAGCCACUUUACAAUAGUGCAUCUAGGUCUUUUAA